AUGGAGGAACAGUGCAAGACCCUGUAUGUUCUCUGUCUAUCUGUCUUCAAUCAAGGGUUGCAGCAAUUGCGCAUAGUCGAGACAUCAUCGUCAACAGGCGUGAGUCGGGUCAUUGGCAGCACCCGUCCUGACGCGUCAGGAACCGCGGCGGUCCUCCUGGCCCUGGCGGUCCCGGCGGUCCUCACGGCGGUCCUCAAGGCGGUCCUCACGGCGGCCCUGGAGGCCCCGGAGGCCCUGGCGGUCCUGAACACUUUGGUGGCCCUCAAGGCGGUCCUCACGGCGGUCCCGGCGGCCCUGGUGGCCCUGGUGGUCCUGGCGGCCCUCACGGUGGUCCUCACGGCGGCCCUGGAGGCCCUGGAGGCCCUGGUGGUCCCGGCGGCCCUCACGGUCACGGUGGCCCUCAAGGCGGUCCCGGCGGACGCUGUACGAUCACACCUACCUCCGACCACCAUUUCACCGCGCUUCGCCAGGAGUUGA